AUGGGUCAUUUCAUUGGCGAUGCACCCCAUAUUGGGAAAGUCCAUGCUACAGUUAAUCGUAUUUGGGCUUCUCCGGAGAAGUCCUCCAUGAUUGAUGCUCAGUUCCUAAGCUCCAAAACAGUCCUCUUUCGAAUCGAUGAUGACCAAGUGCGCCAGAGAGUACUGCGUAGACAUUUCUGGCAUAUUGCAGACAUCCCCUUAGUGGUUCGUGAGUGGAAUCCUUCUACUGCAAACACUAAACCGGAUCUCUCUGCCAUCCCAAUAUGGGUGGACCUAAAAUGUGUUCCUGACUAUUUGUUCAAUGAGAAGGGUCUGAAGUUUCUCGGUGAUCAAAUAGGUUUAAUGCAGAGACUCCAUCCUAAUACUGCCCGCUGUGUUCGUCUUGAUGUGGCAAGGCUAUUGGUUGUAGUAAACCUGGAGAAGGCGCUUCCUGAUAGGCUCAAUCUUAAAUCAUCAGGCACAACCAUUGAAAUCUCCUACCCCUGGCUGCCAUCUCGCUGCUCUGAGUGUCAGGAAUGGGGGCAUGAGGUGAAGAAUUGUGUGAAAAUGAAAAAAGGCGCAGUUGUGGAGUCUCCAGCUGUAGUGAUGGUGUUGAAAAAGUCGAGUAAACCUGCUGUGGAAUCUACUUCAGCAGUUCACCAGACUUCUCAACAAUCCCCGGUUACUGCUAAUGGGGUUGAAGAGGAGUCAACAUGGUCUUUGGUAAAGAAUGGUGGUCGCGUUUCACCGAGAAAAGUAGGAGCUGGUUCAUCUCCAGUGUCAGCAACGCAGGGAGUGGACGCAGCUACCUCACCUUCUCGAUUUCAGAUUCUUGCAGAGACCCUGGAGGAGGGUGAAUGUGAGCCUGUUGAGCAGGAGGAGGAGGAAGAGAGGAAAACAGAGGAGCUGAAAGACAUUGACUCUCAUGAGCCUUUGGUUGUAUCUACCCGCAAGGCAAAAUUACACCGUGGGCGAUCAAAAUCAAGGCCUAAGACUAUAGCUGCUCGGACAGAUCAGAAAACUAGUGCCAACACAAACCAAACAAAGAAAGCUUCCCUCGGGAAGCACUAA